AUGUUGUUCCCUAAAAUAGGAUCCGAAUUUGAAUUCGAUGUACCAGAAACAACAUCAAAUCCUGUUUUACGUCCAUCGCUGUCCGCCCCUUUUAUUGGUACACACCAACAAGCAUGGCCAUCAAAUAGUGCUCGAUCUCUCGGAAGGGAAUCUUAUCAAUCAUCUGUCGAAGAUUUGAGUUUAAUCAAUAAAUUUGUUUCAAGUUUUCGAAUAUCAUUUCAUCAAUCUAAUAUACUUAAACAAUUAAAACAAAGAUGUAGUAAUAAUAAUAAUAAUAAUCAGAAUACAGAACAGCCACAAUUGAUCUGCGAAGAGCGACAAGAAAAUGCUAUAUUUAAAAUCUUUCUAAAACGUCUGCGAAAAAAACCACCAACAUCUAUUGGAUCAUCUUCUGAUUUCAAUAGAUUGCUUGAUGAUCACGAUGAACAGAAUGAAUUAAACAAAAAUGAUCAAUCGACACUUCUGUAUUCAACAAUCAAAAUCUAUCAAUUAAAAGCUGGUACGUUGGAAAAAAUUGUCGAGUGUUUGACUAAUAAAUAUGGUGAUUUGGAUACAACACAUAUGCUUAUUUUAUUUGCAACUUAUCGCAUCUAUACCAAUACUAGAAUAUUGAUCGAUACAAUUUUGUCUCGUUAUCAAGCCGUUUUGCCUGCUUCGCUUGAUAUGACGGAAGAUGUUCGACAAAAAACUCUCAAGAGUCUUUCUAUGGCAUUAAUUUGUUUAUUAACAGCAUAUAAAGAAGACUUCAAUGAACCACCAUAUUAUACAAUAUUAAACCAUCUUCUUCAACAAAUAACUGAUAGAGAUGUACACAAUCAAUGUCAAAGUUUAUUGAAUCGAUUUUUAACAGAAGAAAAUACUUCUAAAUCAACUCCAACUAUGUUUACAUUAACACACGAUAUCGAUAAUAAUAACAAUUCAAAGAAUCUCUUUACUGAUAAUAUUUAUAAUCAAAAAGGACUUGAACAUAGUAUACCAAAGAACCUUCUUGAAAUGUCACAUGUUAUGAUUGCCGAACAAUUGACAAUCGUUGAUGCGGAACUAUUAAAAUGUGUUCUACCUCAUGAAUAUUUAACUAUGCAAGGAAAUAGCAAUAAACGACGAGGAUUAAACCCUAUGAAUGUAUCAUCAACUGUUGAUAAAACAAUUGAACAAUUCAAUGCUGUUGUUAAUCGAGUCAUAGCAACUAUAUUAACAGAAUUAAAUGAACUAACGCGUGUUCGUCUCAUUGAAAAAUGGAUUGAUGUUGCAUAUGAAUGUCGACAAUUAAAAAAUUUUUCUUCCUUAACCGCUAUUCUAACUGGUCUUCUAUCUGGAUCUGUAUAUCGUUUGACUAAAACUUGGUCUCAAAUUAAUAUACAACAUCGUACGGUACUAAAUGGACUAAAAAAUAUUUUUGGUAGCUGUGCCGAUCGAAAACAAGCACGAGAUAUUCUUGAUAAGGAAGGAACAGCAAAAUAUGUUGAUGCCACAGCAGCAAUGAAUGCAACGAUAAGUAAAAAGCUUCGCUCAAAAAAAUCUCGCAAUCAAAAACAAAUGAUGAUUGGUACAGUUCCGUAUCUCGGAUUAUAUUCAAAUGACUUAACUUAUAUCGACUCUGCACAUAAUAAUUAUAUAAACAGCAAUGAAAACGAUAAAUCGUCACAAAAAUUGAUAAAUUUUGAAAAAAAUCGUAAACAAUUUGAAAUAUUGGCUAAAAUUAAAUUGUUUCAAUCAGCUGCGAAUGCUUACACAACACUUCAACCGUUACCUGAUUUUAAACAUUGGUUUGAUAAUAUUCAAAUAUUUACUGUUGCUGAAAGCUGGGAUCUUUCGUAUCGAAUCGAACCCAAACCAAUGGAUAAUACUGAUAAAAAACAAAAAUUACAGGAUGAUCCUUCGCCCAACUCUCGUGCCAGACCAGUUAAAGCAUUUCCAUCCGAAGUCUCACUCGACGUAUUUAUGACACGCAAUAAUCCAGCAAGAGAAAGCAAACCAGUGUUUGGCGGUUCAUUACGUUCAUCGCCAUCAUUGAAUUCAUAUGAUAAAAUCAGUUUAACAUCAAAUCAUUCUUUUCCACAUCGUCAACAAUCAAUAUGUAGUCUGACCAACAAGAAAACACAUUCACGUUCAUCAUCGGCAUCAAGUUUUCUAACAAAAGAUAGUUUAAGUCAAGGUUAUAUAUCUGCUCAAGCUUCGCCAGUAAAUAGUCCUGCUAAUUGUACUUUUAAUCCUGUAGAAAACGAUACACUUAUUGCUAAAGUACGAUUGAUUGGUAGAGAUAAUCUACUAUAUAAAAAAGUUCGAAUCGGAAAUAAUGAACGUGCAUCUAAUGUAUUAAAGACUAUUCUUGAUAAGUUUUGUAUUGAUCCAACAACACAUGAAGACUAUUGUAUUGAACAACAAUUGCCGACUCGAAGACUACUUUUAUUGGAUCAUUAUAAUGUAUUUUAUGCACUUGUUCGUCAAUCAGAUGAUGAACAAGUUGAAUUAAUUGUACGGAAAAAGGUUCGACAAGAACGUGAACAAACAAAGAAUUAUUCUUAG